AAACAGUCUGGUCCUCCAGCCAAUCAGCGCUACCCAAUUGUCUGAAUGCGGAAGUUGCACAACAUGCUUCUGAAGCUGCUGAUUUCUGGCCAGUGAAGUUGCUUUCUCAUUCGGGGUUAAAUUAUUGUCGUUCAAGAAUUGGACGGUAGGGAAGUGAAUCCGGGGAGGGUGCAGACUCUGAAAAGAUUGGCCCUGGUCUUCCGCACUCUUAAAAAGACAUCGACGUCUUUUACUCCGUCAGUUUGACAUACUUAUUUGUCUGGGUAACAGAAUGGCGUCUUAACGUUCACAAUUAGAAGGGCUGACAUGUGACGAGGAUAUUAGAAGAGGAGGAUGUGAAGAAAGAAUUUGAAAACUAACAUCAUGUCAAGAUCUGAAAUCCAUCGAUUUGUCAGGAUCUGAAUGUCUUAAACCUUUAACUGUGGAAGGAGAAUUGUUUCUGUGUAUAGUCUGCUUCAAAUAUUUUAAAAAUCAAUUUGACUGAAAAAGAAUUGUGACACACCUACACCUGAGUGCGAGUGUUUCAGUGCAAUGACUGAAAAAAGCUUUAACUAGUUAAGCAGCCUGAAAAAGAAAUUGCAGAAUUCACAGCAGAGAGAGAUAAUUCAUAUGUUCUGUGUGUGGACAAGACUUCAACUAAUUAUCUGUCCAGGUUUAACAAUGCAAACACUUUCAGCAUGAAUAAAUCCUGGAAAUGUGGACACUGUGGGGAGGGAUUCCCUUCCCCAUCUGCACUUGACAUUCAUGAGCGCAGACACACUGGGGAGAGGCCAUUCACCUGUUUUGUGUGUGAGAAAGGAUUCAUUUCUGUCUCCAAUCUGCUGAGACACCAGCAAGUUCACACUGUGGAGAGGCCAUUUACUUGCGCUGUGUGUGGGAAAGGAUUCUCUGAUUCGCACAAUCUGCUGCAACACCAACGGAUUCAUACUGGGGAGAGGCCAUUCACCUGCUCUCAGUGUGGGAAGGGAUUCACACAAUUAUCUAACCUGCAUGUACACCAGCGAGUUCACACUGGUGAGAAGCCAUUCACCUGCUCUCAGUGCGGGAAGGGAUUCACACAGUUAUCCAAUCUGCAAGCACACCAGCGGGUUCACACUGGGGAGAAGCCAUUUACCUGCUCUCAGUGUGGGGAGGGAUUCUCUCGAUUGUCCAAUCUUCAGAAACACCAGCGAGUUCACACUGGGGAGAGGCCAUUCAUCUGCUCUCAGUGCGGGAAGGGUUUCACACAGUCAUCCCACCUGCAGAAACACCAGCAGAUCCAUACCAAGGAGAAGCUGUUUACCUGCUCUCAGUGUGGGAAGGAAUUCACUCGAUUAUCCAGCCUGCAGAAACACCAGCGAGGUCAUGAGUGACUGCAGAAAUGUGUUCUGCCGUUAGUACUUCUGCUUAUCACACUCAGGACUAAACCAUGUUCAUUCUGCUGAUGGGUGAAGUGGGACUCUCAGAAGGGAUCUUUCUACUGGACUGGCCAUGCUCACCACUUUGCCUCAGUGAGGCUGAUGCUUCAAAUUCCAUCCAAAUCACCAAAUGAAAGGAAGGUUUGGAAGGUAGAAGAUCUUCAGUUUGCAUUUCAUUUCUCCAAUAGCAUGCCAUGUUGGCAUGGAGAGGGUCACAUGAGGGAGUUGUUUUGUAUAAUUCAUGUGGAUGCUUCUGACAGAAGGCAUUUGGAGAUUUGUAAAGUUUGCAGCUCAUUUGGAAUCAACGAGGGGAAAAGAAGCUGGAAGGUUUGCUGAGCUUAGAGCUGGAGGAAGAAAUCUCUAGUCAGGCUCCCAAUGAAAGACCAAGAGUAUUGUGGUGGCAGGAAGCUGUCAUACAUCAGACAAAUGAAUGAGGAGUCGCAAGGCCAUUCAGCCCUUCGAGAAUGUUUCACCGUAUGAUAAGAUUAUGAUUGAUUGAAUUGUCAUUUCCAUUCUAUGUUCCUGUCUAAACCGUCAAAGCUUUGUCCUCAAGGUAGUCUAAAAGAUCAUGCAGAAGAUGUAACUGAGUCAGUAGAACUGAUAUGUUAUCCCUGUUGUAGAGUGGGGCAUUUAUAGCAAAUUGCUGAAGAUCCAGGAAUAAAUCAGCGUUGGUAAAAAUGGCUGGUGUUUCUCCGGCGAACGUUUCACUAAAGAGUGAAGUUUCUGAGAAACCAAUCCUCUCUAAUGCAUUUACCAUGCGAGAAAACAGAUGUGAGGGAUUCUGACCAGUUUAUACUUUCAGGAAGUCACUCCAGAUGUCCAAGAAAGCCAAAAAAGAUUUUUGUUCUGAGUUGCUGGCUCAGUUGAAACCUUAUUAGGAAAAGCUUUGGACCUUUUCCAAAAAAUUCAUUUUAUUAAUAUGAGUUAUUGUGGGGAAAUGUGUGUUGAAGGUGCUCAUGAAAGCACAGCUGAAAUAUUCUGAACAAUCUUCGGCCCUUUAUAGAAAGAAAGAUAUACUGGCAUCGGCGACUGCCCAGAGAAUGGUCACCAGGCUGAUACCAGAUAAGGAGGGACUUUGGAGAGGAGAGGAUGACUAGGUUGUGCCUGUACUUUUUGGAACAUAGAAGAAUAAUAUGUGAGCAUACUGAAUAGUUGCUUUCCCUUGUGGAAGAGUCUAGAAACGGAAGGUAUCAUCUCAGAAUACUGGGUUGCUCAUUUAAAACAGAGAUGAGGAAGAAUUUCUUCAAGGGUAGUGAGUCUGAAAUUCUUUACUACUGAGGAUUACUGAUGUGGGAUUAUUCAAAUAUUAAAGGCUGAUCUGAACAUAUUUUUAGUCAGGAAGGCAAUCAAUGGUUAUCAGGAAAAGGCAGGGAAGUGGAGUUGAGGAUUAUCAGAACAGGCAUGAUCUCAUUGAACAGCAGUCCAGACUUGAUGGGCUGAAUGAUCUACUUUUCCUUUGUCUUAUUGUCAGUUGUUCAGAGUGAAUUGAAGUUGUACUCUGGGGAUAGAGUUCCUUGCUGUUGGUUUUGUUUCCACGUUCCUCAUUAACCAUAUGGACCUAACACAGAGAAUUGAUUUCGCGGGCAGUAUACUGUUUUCACAAAUUUGGAUGGAGAGCCACGUUUGGAAGUUACUCCAGUGAGUGAAAACUCCAUGACAUUUGGAAUCCUGCUCAGCAUGGAACUGAUUCAAAUAAAAGAAAACUGAAGUAUCUACCCUCGUAAUGGGGAGCACAGAAGCUGCAAAACUACCUGCAGAAUCCAAAGUUAAAAUUUUCAAAGGAAUAGACAAAGGCUGAACAGACUAAUGUUAACAACAUCAAACAUUAAAUUUUCCUGCCAGUGCCAAAGCAAUGCAGAAUGCAACAGGCAAAUUACUGUAUCAUAAGAGUACAUUUUCAACCUCAGCAUGAUGUGGAAAAAUCAAAGCGUUGGAAAGAAAACUAAACAUCCAAAUUGAGGAAGCAUUUGACAUUACUGAGAGUUUAGUAGUUUUUAAUCUAAAUGGUGAUCAGAAAAAAAAAUUACACUAAUUGUUUAAAGAUAGACCAAGCAAGAAAUCAAACCAUCCUCUUGAAUAUGAAAGUGCAUUGGAAUAACAUGACCAGUGAGACUUGUAACCAACCCUGAAAGAGUUGCAGGUCUUUUGACAGACAAACUGCUUUUAUUCAGUCAGUUCUGAUAACACAGACAAUGGAACAUUUGCAGAGAAAGAGUUCUGGAAAUCUUAAGUAUAAGAAUGAGAAACUGGGGAGAAACCAAAGUAAAUUCCACUGGCUGUGGCAUACUUUUGGAUUGAUCCCGAAAGAAAGUGAAUGAACCUUCAAGAUUUCAUGAGAUAACAGUCCUGGGUUGCAAAAACAAAGCUGAAUUCAAAACAUUGCAUAGAUAUUUACAAUUGUGAUAAUUUACAAUACUUCUUUGUUCGAUAUUUUCAUUUACACAAAAAAGCUUGUUUUUGAUUAA